CCUGCAAGCGCAACAGGCCAAGUAGUGCGACGCUCGCGAUGAAUCUGACGGCUCGUCGCCCCGCUUCCAACGACGCGUCCCCGUACCCCGGCGCGCAUUGAUUUCGUCGAAAGCCCCGAGGUUUCGGUGUGUAAUUUUUCAUUCAACGUGACUGCUACAUUAUUGUUCGUCUCUGCUGUCGCUUCGGUGAAAAAGGGACCUCAGUUGUUAUGAGCGAAGCGGUUUAACACCCCUCAUUGACUUCAUCGACGACCUGGAGGUUUCGGUGCAGCUUUAUAACCUUAACUGCUGAAUCAUCGUCCAUCUCUGCUGCCUUGGUGAAGAAGUGACCUCUCGUUGGUAGGAGCGGUCCGGCCCAGCGCCACGGCACGCGUUUUAAUUUCAUCAUCGACAGCCGAGUUUUGGUGUAUGGCUUGAUCAUCUUAACUGCUGAGUCAUCGCUCGUUGCAUCUGCUUGAGUGAAGAAGUGACCAGCUGUUGCACCGGUGGCAAUUGCUCUGAAUGGGAUUAGGCUGCCGGAUUACGGACUUCCGUUGGAUUUAAUAUCGGAAUUUCGAGGACAACGCAACAACUUCCGUUACUGUUGUUGGGGUGGUGGUUGUUGGUGGUGGUAGUGUUGGUGUUUUUGUGAUUGUGCGCGGCGGUUGGUGCACUGGGAGGUUACUUACACCCGGAUGUGAGUCUCAAGGACGGGAGGGGUAUACCCGGAUAACGUGGAUAAUCGUCGGGGUGAGGAUGAAUGUAACCAUGUCAGAUGUGGCCGAUUCUGUAAGUAAUCCUCAAUCCCCAGUGAAUGGCAUCUUGGAUGAACCACUGACCCUAGACUUUGACCCAAUGAGUUUUCAGUUGUCCUCCCCAACCGAAAGCAAACCCCCCAUUGAGCUGGUCGACUCCUCCCCCGAAGACCCUCCGUUCAUUAACGAGCCCGUGGAGCCGCCUAACAUUACUAACUACAAAUACAACCCCAAGUCCUACCUGUUGGACCUCGACUCGCUCCAGGAACUCCAGACGAACAUGCAGUCCACGUCAUCCGCGACCGUUGCGACGAACCACACGUCUCAGGGGAGCGACCAACCUCCGGACUUGCUCGUCGACCUCAGCGACAAAGCGUCUGGCCCUCAGGCAUCCAUUCUGGAAGAGGACGAAGACGAACUCGACCUGACCGACCCCAAAACGGAAGACGACUCUCGAGAAAUCGACCUAUCCGUAGAAGCGUCCGAGUCAUCCUCUAGUCUUAACCAGGAGAUUUCGAGCCCGCUUCCGGACUUGCAGAGUCCAACCCAAGAAAACUCUGGUUCACCGUUGGGUGCGGCGUACCUGCCGGAUGCCGGGUCUCCGAGUCAUCUGGCCAAUGGCCUGAAAAGCGCGAGUCCUCUUGAACUAGUGGAUCUUUCGAGUCCCGUCGAUGAAAAACCGUUGUCACCUUUCAGUCCGCAGAGUCCGACGCGCCCUUCGGACCUGCCGUACGAAGUCACGACGCCGGCCGACGAGAGUCCCGGGUGCGAACCGCGUCCGGUGGACGACGUCGUUGAGCUCGAGUGUGUGGUUGGAACCGCGGUUGGCGAAAUUCAGAGCUCGGAGUAUCUGGUAAGCAGCCCCGAAAGUGAGGACCUGGCUUGCUUCGGGGAGGAAGUGGUGAGUCCCCUGCCGGACGCGGCGUCAACCACUGAAACGGGCACCACGAGUUCCGACAUGGAGACGUCUUCGAGGACUACCAGUGCGGAAACGGUGGCGUGCGCGAGUCCCUUCAACACCAUGGAUUCGGCCAGGAGCCCCGACGGAUACGCUGAACAGUUGGAACAGCCUCUCGACCCUGUGUUUACGUCUAACUACACAUGCACGUCCGCCGCGACCCCCUCUCCUACUCACCCCUCCGAUGUGGCAGACUCACCCGAGCAUGAUGAUAGCAGUGAGGACGAGUUUGAGUAUGUGGCCUCUGGAAGCACAAAGUCCAGCGUCCUGAAGACUAAAAAGGCCGUCGCGACGACAACUUCGAUGACGACGCGCGACGGUGUGACGGUCGAGAAGGUCUCGGUCACCAGCACGGCGAUGGCACAGUCCAUGGAGCAAAUCGGCAAGAGGAGCGCCUACGACACCCUCAACGGCCUUGCAAGCACAAACGGCCUCACUAACGGGUCAGACGACGAAGUCGACCAUGUUGCGAUCGAAUGUCCAGUUUCUGUUUCGAAAUUGAAAGACGUCUACAUUUCAACGGACAGAGACACCGUCGAUGCUGAAGCCUUCAGAGAAAUAGCCGUUACGGGCAUUAACCUCAAAUCACUGAAAUGUCAGUACGAGCAGACUGUUGCGGAGCAUGAGACCCUGUCUCCCACCCGCGAAAUCAUUAGCACCGGAAUUGACUUCAAAUCUUUGAAGCACAGCUACAUCUCGCCACUGAAUAACAAAUACCAAACGCUGAAUCAUGUUGCAGAAGACAUCGUGCCUAUUGACAUUAAAUCUCUCAAAUCCAGCUUUACAGAGUGUCAGCAGGAACAGCGAGAGGUUUCGCCGGGCGUAGAAACCAACGUCUCCAUAGACAAGGCAAAGCUUCAAAACAAGUUCAACAAAAUCAAGAUCGACGAGAGCAAGUGUUUCUGCAAGAAGUGCGGAACCCAUGUCUACCCCGUGGAGCGGAUCAUCGCCGAGAAGCACUUCUACCACAAGAACUGCUUCCGCUGCAAGGAGUGCAACAAGCUACUCUCUGUCGACGGGUACAUGUCCCACGAAGCCGAGAUCUACUGCAAGAUCCACUUCAAGCAGCUAUUUCAGCCAAAGGCGCGCUUCGAUAACGACGCCGGGCCUCAUGCCACUGUCCCAGACAUGGACGACUUUCACGAAGGACGACAGAAGCGUCACGAGAUGAUCAUCAGGGAAAAUGUACCAGAGGAAUUGCCCCCGGAUGUUGUCAGAUGUGACACGAAGGCUGAUGACGGCCUGCAGAGCCUGAACCUCGACCUCGGCAACAUCCGACAGCGCUUUGAAACGCCCCAGGAGUACGUCCCGUCUGUUGGGGACAGGUCUGCUCUGGCGCGUUCCGAAAGCCUGUUCAAGAGGCUCGAGAAGUAUCAGUCUGUCGCGUCUGGUGACAGAAACGGCGACGCUCACUCUACGGAAAGUGAAGAAGAAAACGACGACAAUGACGAUCCGUCCGUUGUCAAGGAGAAGAGGACGAAAGAAAAGGUCGUCUACGAGGGCCUCUCCUCGCUCAAGAACCAGUGGGAGAGUGGGAGCGUGAAUAACGGUCGCGAAAAGUCCGAGGAGACACGCGAGGAGCUGGCCAAGUUGCGGAAAAAGAUGUGCCUCGGCCGCUCAGAGUCCAUGCGCCAGGUGUACCAGAAGGCCGUGGAGGACGCCAACAAGGUUCAAGCGGGACGGUCCGAGCUCAUCAGCGUCGAGGGUCAGGAGGCCAAGGCCAUCUCCAUCAAGGAAAAGUUCGAGACCGGCGUGGUGGCGCAGGAAACAGAAGCUGAGAAGAUCGAGCGCCUCAACAGGGAGAAGCUGGAGGAUCUCAGUGUUCUCAGCGAAACUGCGGUCAUCCACGAGGCCAAGAACAUUUUCAAGCAACUUGACGCCGAGGUGGCCAAGCAGUCCAGUGCCCCGACGUCGUUGGCGCGCUCACCCAGCAACCGCUGGUCCCAGCCCAGCCCCACCAAGAACGCCCCGGUGUCGCCCGGCGAGGUGGUCCGGUCCAGCGAUCCCGUCCGCGACGUGGAGGUCGAGACCAACGAGCUCUCAGAACGCUUCAAGUUCUUCGAGAACUACAAGGUCGAGUCCAAGGAGCGCAAGCGGUUCGAGAUGACGCCGCCCCGCGAGGUCAAAGAACCGUCGCCCGAGUUCCAGGUCCAGCGGGACCCCAACGUGGUCCGCGCCGCCGACGCGCCAGAGGAGGUCAUCGUGACAGACACCGCGAGGAGGAUGCGCGAGCGGUUCCGCGAGCUCGAGGAAAGCGCUAACCGCGAAGAGGUGCCGCAGGGUCCCAAACCCCUGAAGCGCAUCACACCGCCGCGAGAAUACACCACGACGACGUCGCGAAACCAGGAACACGAGGACUCGCCGGUGGUUCAGCGGGACCCGGACAUCGUGCAGUGCUCGUACCGCGUCGACGAGGACAUCGUCGUGGAGGCCGACCGGGCCAAGAGCAUGCGGGCGAGGUUCGAGAACUGGGACGCCGAGAGGAUCGCCCAGGAGAACAAGAAGAACGCAGUCGGGGCCGGAGGCGAGAACGAGGAAGAGUGCCUGCCGCAGGCCGACACCGCCAAGAACCUGAGGGCAAAGUUCGAGGCCAUCAAGGACGAGUCCGUGCGGCGGGAGGUGGCCAGGCCCAAGCCCAAGGUCAACAGAUUUGUGGAGUUUCCAGGGACGCCAACCACGGACGUUUGCAGCAUCUGUAACAAGAAGCUCUACCCGAUGGAGAGGAUGGAGGUCAGCGGCCUCAGGAUGCACAAGAACUGCUUCCGUUGCAGCCACUGCAGCUGCCAUCUGAGGCUCGAGAAUUACACCAUCAGCGGUGGGAAGCUGUACUGCGGGCCUCACUUCAAGCAAUUUUUCAUAGCCAAAGGCAACUACGACGAAGGCUUUGGUCGCGAGAAAUGGUCCAGGUCCGCAUCACCGGCUUCCCGCGAAGGCACCGAGGAAUACUCCAACGGCGAGCGAGACCACCUCGGCAUCCUCGACCAACCAGUGCUUGCGUAAAACAACCCUCCCGUGUCGUGUUGAUUUGCCUUCCCAAGAAUUUGGUGUUCUUCUUUUACAUGGCACUUUUGUUCGUUCGCUCUUGCGGAAACGACCGAUACAUAGUUUCACCGUACGCUGGACCUUGGCGAACGCUACGAGGGGUACCAACCAAUCCAGCGCUCUGUCCCUCCUGGAUUGGCUCCGGUAGCGUCCUCUACGGUCCGUUGUUAUGCGAAACUGGCUAUACCGGUCGUUUUCUUCCCCAACAAAGUUUCUGAACUGUGAAAUCCGAACUUCAGCAAGAUUUUUUUUGUGCUUGUUUUAGUUUAUAUGGUUCUUCAGUUGUAAUAUAUUUACUGUGCUUUCUUGAAGGAGGGGUUUAAGAAGUUGCGUUUUAAGGACGUCGCGAACUUCGAUUUUUUUUUUUGUCGAAACUGGUGGUUCGAUGGGUUCGGGGAACCUGGUCGAACUCUUCGAAACUUUGGCGAACCUAAUCGACCUCCUCGAAAUUUCGGCGGGUUCGCGACGCCCGUAGUUCAAAGGCGGUCUGUUUGCGUGUGAAGGGAGCGGAUGUGAAGUCGGUCGCGCGGUAUCUGCUCGGGGAGAUUUGUGGCGGGAAAACGAGGCGCGGCGUUUUAUGGAGCGUGAGGGCGGAAAUGUAGCGGGAUGCAAAAUGGUAAACAGUCGGCACUUAGAGCGAUUAGCACGAGCGAUCGACAGCCGAAGCGGUGAAAUUGCAACAUGUGGCGUUGCGGUGUCGCGAGUGAGCGAGAGUGGCCAAGGCGUUUUCAUCUUUCAUUUCGGGAACGCUUCUGCGGACACUUUUUGUUUCAAAAUAUCUUUCUUUAUAAGCUGCUUGUUUUUGAGGGAGAUAAGUGAAGUUCUUAAGAUAGUGUUUUGUUUGCAAAAUUUUGCAUGUUACACAAGAAAAAAAAAAUUGCCUUCUAGAUGUUGCCUCGUUCUUCGCUCAGCUUCGCCGACAAUCCUAAUAUUUUUUGUUAACAAUUCAGUAUUCCUUUACUAAAAACGUCAGUAUUUUCAUUAGCGCUACCAUACCUUAGUGAAAGUGUAAAACUAAAAAAAAAAAUAAUGAUUUCAGCAGCUGUUAUUUUGCGAUCUCCCUCGUGUUGCGUCGGUAAAAUUCACCCGGCAGUCCUGAUAUCGCUCGCUUGUGUAAAUCUCAUUCGGUGUCGACUGUAAAAGCGUUAAGUGGCCCACUUGAAGAAAAAAAAAAAAGGCGUGGCUUGAAGAGUGUGCAUGGGAAAGACCCUCAUUGAGAAGGAAUUGGGAUGGAGAGGACUGUAUAUUUUUGCUCGCUGUUUUAUUGUUCGCCAGUUGUGUCAUUCGUGGGUAAUUUGCUUGCCUCCAGUGUUUGUCUCCUGUUUUUAUUUUUAAAUCGAGCUUGAUGUCCUCGAUAUCAGCCGCCCAAGACCGUGCAGACAUUGUCUGUCACUAGUACUCUCCACGGGCUGACCUGUUAAGGUACUUUCCAGCUAAGCAAUUUAGUAUUUUUGUGCAGGAAGAAUCGAAAAGAAACACAUGUAAACUUCUAAACUACCCCCUUAAAGUCGAUUUUUUUUGCGGAUAUGGUAUUCUUUCGUUGCCCUUUUCCACUUGUCGCAAAUGUGUUGCUUCUUCCCUUGUCAAUGGCUGAACGGCACCCGUUUUCGUAGACACCCGAGAUUUUGUUUUUAUAUAUAAUAUUUUUGCUAUGUUAGAUUAAGCCGCCAUUGUUACGGUUAUCUAGAGUGUUUGUGAGUGAAGAACAGCUGAACAAAAACUUUUACCCUUUUUAUUUGUUUGUUUUUGCUUGACUCGCACAUUUUCGGAAGGUUGGGACUCAAUGACGAUGGUGUGGCCCGCAGCCAGAAGCAUGUGCUUCGCUUCUGAACCGUCUUUUGCCCCUUUUUUUCUUGUUUCGUUUUGUACAUUCUAUGUAAUUUAGAUAAUCAAUGAGAAUGCUGUUCACGCAAGUUGUUCUGAUUGUUUGCUUGUAAUGUAGUAGUUUAUAAUUUUUUUUUUCAUAAAUAAUUUUACGCGUUGUGGGGUUCUCGUGACCAGGAUUACCGUUUUUUUCCAGAUCUAUCUAAUAACCAGAUCUUCCGAGCGAGUUCUGCGAAUCUGCGUUCCUCUGUUUUAAUAAAAGUGACUAGAAACAACCAAAUGGUUGAAUCGAUUACUGAGGCUGGAACGGGGAAGCCUGCUUUGCAGAUAAUUUACAACAGUGAACAAAAUUCACGAAAUGUUUCAAUCGAUAGCUGAGGGUGGAAUGAGAAACCUUAAUUAGCAUUUGAAGUGUGCACUCCUGAAAAUUUUUCUUAGAAGUGAAUCUUGGGGAAUAUUUUCUGGUGUCUUAAACUACUCCGCGAUCCGAAGUUUCCCGAACGUGGGAUGGAACCUUUUACCUUCCAUGACAGCUAUUGCUGGGAAAAGGAUGACUAUGUUUAUACAUAGUCAUCCUAGUCAUCGGAGUCGUCUCAAGUUGCGUUUCGGCUGGUCGAAGCCACUCCUUUGUGACUUUAUCGCUACAAGAUUCAAAAAUGUCAUGCGGUGCCAUGGCCGAGAAUUUUUACCAUUUCCUGUACGUUUUUCAUGUGCUUACUUCGUGGUGAGGCUUGAAAAAUGUCGGUUUCAUUUGGUUUUCAUCUUUAGAAUGGCAGUUUCGUUUCCACCCCUGUGUGCUCAAUCGCUAAAUAAACUCAUCUCGCGUAAAUAUAGAACGUCAACAACGCUUCAAUUGGGGCUCUGGAAUAUUUGAGCUAAGUGUCUGAUAGACAACUGAAUUACAGCGUUUAGUUCAAAAGCUUGAGGUCAAAAGGGUAUGAUAGGGACUAGCUAUAUAGCUGUGGCAUUGAGCAGACGUAAGCUAGCUGUUACUGAACGUAUCGUGUAGUAACUACCUUCUUUAGUUGUUCUCGACAAAUAACUAUACCAUAAGAAAAAAACAAACAUUUCAACCCUUUUUUUUUUGGGGGGGGGGGGGGGGGUUAUUGGUUAUUCAUUAGCACAUUUAUAGAUUUGGUAACUGCAGUGCAAAAACGUAUUGUGGUUGCCGUAACAAUUUAAUGUGCAGAUAAAACAUGACAAUAUUUUCGAGUUUAAAAUAAAUUUCUUACAUGCGCGCCGCAACGCUUGUUACAUCACUAAUUGUUACGCAGAAAAACUAGUGGGUCUUGAUUAAAUUCAAUCAGGUCAAUAAAAGAUUCGCCGCAGUUUCGCGAAUCGGAUGAAGUGUUUCGUCGACAAGGUGGUAGCACCCGCUGGCCGUAAAAAAAUAAGAAAAAAUAAAGGUUGUUAAAAUUUAAUUAAAAUAAUACUUCGUAUAUAUUCUUCGAACUCCUUUGAUCUUGUUUUCGACAUAGAAUGUACAGUGAUACGCCGUCUGUUUUUUCGCUAUUCUACAUGCACACGCCCUAACGUUAUUUGUUUUCUUGCAGCAAUUGUGCCGCUGCUUUGAAUUCAUGCGAUUGCAUGUCACGUUUAGCAUUUACUUCCUUGACGUUUUGAGAGCUGUAUACCCGUCCUUGUGCUCAAUCUCGCUUUAUUUCUUCGACGAAUUGAAAGCGUAAGAUCAAACGUGUGCUUCAAGACCUCGUGUGUUCGAGUAAUAUUCAGCUUAGGGCAUACAAAAGAUUGCGAAGUAGUUGGUCGCACCAGGCUCCUUACCUCUUGGGCUCAAUUACAUGUCGGUUGAGCUCUAAAGAUUUAUUUUGCGCGCGUCUCGUUCCUCGCGCUAAAAUAAAAUAUAAGAACAAUAUUGCAUGUUUCCUACAUUUAGACUUGAACGUGCGUCGUUAUUUGGUGCUUUCUUAAUUUUCUUCAAAUCAAGGCUUCUGCAUUUAGAGAUAACCGUCGAAUAUACUCCCGAGUAUGUAUACAUCCAAUUUUGUUUGUCUUCGUGUUUCUUUUUUUUUUUUUGGCUUAUUUUGAGCAGGAGCGUUUGUGAGAUAACAUUAUUCUGUAAAUAAGGCAAUGGAAACACCUCGUGUAGUGCGGUAUAAAUAAAGAGGUAUUGUGCAAGUGA